AUGAGAGUUACUUGCGACAAGUCUAUCAACGGACGCUCGUUGAUAAUUACACCAAGAACUGUUACGAAGGAGGGCUACAUAGAUAUUAACCGAGACGACUACAAGGAUGUUCCAGAAGACCGAUACCUAGACAAGCACUAUUUCCCAUCUUCUUCGCAAGCAAGUUGUGCAACUAUCAGCCACGCAACUAGGCUCAAGGGCGCCAAUCGAAAGACAUCUAGACUAAGAGGCCUUCCUAACUACUUUGUGCGGCUGGAGUUCAUGCUUUCUGACCGAUGUUGGAGAUUCGGAUGCCAGCUCAACCGGGUUUGGCUUGACUGGGAGCUCGUGGCGACCGACACCUCCACCCACAGCGCCACCAAUAAUCCCAUUUCGAUUGUCCCAAACGCAGAGGUGAUCGCAGAAGUGAUCGCAAAAGAGAUCGCGGAUGUGAUUCCAACUAUCGCUAGAGAGGUUGUGAGGGCAAUCGUGCUAGACGAAAAAGCGGCAGAGGAGGCCAUCCGCCUGACACUUGUCUCCUGCGAUAUUGCAACACAUACCGUGUCCAGAACUUUCGCAAGACGCAUACUUUUGGAUGUUAGCGUUGGUCAAAUCAUGUCUUGCGAACCCCAUGCAAACUGGUGUACUGUGCUGACUGCCAAGAGCUGGGUUUUCUUCUUUGACGUGGCAACUGACACUCAGAAUGAGGAGACUAUCAGCCGGGCCAGAGCACCAUUAGCAGCUUGA